GGAGCAUCUCUCUCUCUCUCUCUCUCUCUCUCUCUCUCUCUCCAUUAUUUUCCAUUUGUUUUUUGGAGAUCCAUUGGGAUCAAAUACCCCUUUGAUUUCCCAGAUCAUGAUUCAUUUCUUGGUGAACAUGAUCUGCCAUAAUCUCUUCGAUCCCUUCAUUUAUGUGCCAAAAUAAAGAGAGAUUUGGCAGGAAAGUGGAAGUGACUUUUUUGUAUAUGAUAAUCAAAGGGAGUGGGAAAGCUGCAGUAAUUCUUUGGAAAAACCCGGUUCUCUUUGUAUGUUUUCAUGAGGCAGUAUGUUUUCUAUGUUGUUUUUGUUCAUAAAAAACCCUCUCAAAUCCAAUGGUAGACAAAUAUGGAAGUGCAAAAUUCCGAACAUGGUCAUAUAAUUGAAGUAUGUGGAGAUGUGCCAGCUGUGGGAACAAGUCUGGGUGGGAGCAGGAUCUGUGGGGAAGCAGCAUGUGGAUUUUCAGAUGCUAAAACUAGUUCCAAAGAUGCCAAUGAACGGUCAGCGUCCAUGCGAAAACUUUUGAUCGCUGUUAUACUCUGUGUCAUCUUCAUGAGUGUGGAAGUCGUUGGAGGUAUCAAAGCCAACAGUCUUGCAAUUUUGACUGAUGCAGCUCAUCUGUUGUCUGAUGUUGCUGCAUUUGCAAUAUCACUAUUUUCGCUUUGGGCAUCAGGAUGGGAGGCAACUCCACGUCAAUCAUACGGUUUCUUCCGAAUUGAAAUAUUAGGUGCUCUUGUUUCCAUUCAGAUGAUAUGGCUUCUUGCUGGGAUCCUUGUUUAUGAAGCCAUUACUAGAAUUAUCAAUGAUACCGGUGAGGUUCAGGGCUUUCUUAUGUUUGUCGUUGCUGCAUUUGGUUUAGUGGUUAAUAUUGCCAUGGCUCUCUUGUUGGGACAUGAUCAUGGUCAUGAUCAUGGACAUGGUGGUCAUGGCCAUGGACAUGGUGAUCAUGGUCAUGGCCAUGGGGGUCAUGAUGAAAUGCAUAACCAUGGGUUAACUAUUACCACACAUCAUCACCCUCAUCAUCAUCAUCACGAGGCCAAACAUGAUGAUGAGCACCAUCAUGCCCACGAAGCAGAUCACACCGAGCCUCAUCAUCAUUACGAGGCCAAACAUGAUGAUGAGCACCAUCAUGCCCAUGGAGCAGAUCACACCGAGCCUCUGCUGAAGACAUGCAGUGAAGGUGAAACGAAGACCAAGUAUGCAGCUAAACAGAAGAAGCAACGGAACAUAAAUGUACAGGGUGCUUAUCUUCAUGUGCUUGGGGAUUCCAUUCAAAGUGUUGGGGUUAUGAUCGGUGGGGCAAUUAUUUGGUAUAAGCCCGAGUGGAAGAUUAUUGAUCUGAUAUGCACACUUAUAUUUUCUGCAAUCGUGCUGGGGACAACAAUUAGGAUGCUAAGGAAUAUUUUGGAGGUUUUGAUGGAGAGCACACCUAGAGAAAUUGAUGCCACAAAGCUUGAAAAAGGACUCUGUGAGAUGCAUGAGGUAGUUGCUAUCCAUGAGCUGCACAUUUGGGCCAUAACCGUGGGGAAGGUCUUAUUGGCUUGCCAUGUUAUAAUCAAGCGCGAGGCUGAUGCUGACAUGGUAUUGAACAAGGUUAUAGACUACAUUAGAAGAGGGUACAACAUCAGUCACGUGACUAUUCAGAUAGAGCGGCAGUAGAUCCACAGAGAGCAAUUGCUGAUUCGUUGGGCGUUGCAAUUGGGUGGAUUUGGAUGUUGUAAUUGGGUGGGUUUGUGUGUUUUGAUUUCUUUUCCAUAUGCAUGAUUAUGUCUCCUAGAUCUCUGGCUGGUCCUUUUUAGCAUGCAUGCAUUUUAAUCAAGAAAAUUCUUGUAGUUCUUCAUUCAA